AUGAAUUCAAAUUUAACCAUAUGGUCAACACAAUCUAGUGACGGAUAUUUCACCAGUUUUAAUUCAGUGACAUUUUGGGUUCAUUACAAUUUGAAUUCCAAACAAUUUCGACCUUAUGAAUUACUCAGUUUGAGAACUCUGGCAGUUGUAAAUAAAGAAUUUAUUUGUCCCAUCCUUACACCACUUAAAAAUGAAUUAAAAACGUAA